CGAUUCUCCCUCGUGCGUCCGCCAUUUUCUACCCUUGCCACCAAUUAGCAUCGAGAGACGGGCAAAUAUCUCUGUUCGUGGCUGAUCUUGAGACUCGGGACGUUUGAUAGGAUGUGCUCCAAAGGAUGUCUGGCGAAUCCCGCCCGCGUGCCCACCACGUUCCUUGUGGAGGUUCUCGUGGUUUUGUUGGCGCAAAUUCUCCGAUGUGCCUUCGAUACGGUAAUCCCUGCACCCUCAACUGUGAGCAGGUCUAUCCGAUCACCUGAUAUGCGGGAUGAGUUGGGGUUUGGAGACUGACUACCGCAAUUGGGUUUGUGUGUCCCAGAAAACCUCCCUUCCCAAUUCUUGAGCUACCUUCUUCCAACGGGACGUGGUGUGUGAUCCAGAUCUUGUGAGCCAACCAUAACUGUUCGCCAUCCAGCACUGUCCUCUUAGCACCUCCGUCAAACAAGCCUCAACUUCGCACCAUGGCGCCGCAAGGAGUUGCGUUCCCCAUUGAAGGGGGUUGUGAUUGUGGAGAAGUGCGCUACUCCUUGCUGACCGAGCCGAUGAUUGUUCACUGCUGUCACUGCCGAUGGUGCCAGCGGGAAACUGGGGCUUCCUUUGCGCUUAACGCCAUGAUCGAAACUGACAGGCUGAAACUCCUGAAGAACGAGCCGGAAUGGAUCACCGUGCCGAGCGAAAGUGGCGCCGGGCAAAACAUCGCACGUUGUCCAAGAUGCAAGAUUGCUGUUUGGAGUGUUUACCUCGAUAACCCAGCCAAUGUAAAGGAACACAUCCGCAUUGUGCGUGUGGGGACCUUGGACAAACCAGACCUAUUCGCACCGAAUGCCCACAUCUGGGCUGCUGAGAAGCAACCCUGGAUUAUCCUCUCGGACAAGGUCCCCGCGUUCGAAGACGGCAACUAUAAUGAACAAGAUGUGUGGUCCAAGCAGAGUCUUGAAAGGUGGCAGGCCGUAGUAUCACGCGACGGCGCGACCCAAUAGGAUCAGUCAACCAUCGGCCAUUGAUAGAACUUCCUCUGAUAGUCUCCCUCCUAUGAGAGAUCGAUAUGCCGAGUUUGGUGGCUGGCUGUCGCAGAGUUUGAAGGGGCUGCUGGCGUUUUACUUCUGAUACAUAUCCAUAGUUGACGCGGCGCCUGUGUAAGUUCAGUCAGCUUAGAACAGAUACCGGAAACAGACGGAGCAUGCUUCAUUUGGCGGUGCUGGGCCAUUAUGUCAAGAUUUUGCUCGGACGAAACAAAUAAAACCCUUAAG